AUUCAUGUGAUAUUUCACUAGUUUCGAAAUAAUUUUAUGUCAAAAGAAAGUACCUUUCUUUUCCAGCACUCUCUUUCAGUCAGGCUUCAUCGUCCUUCCAGUUGGAUCACAAGAACACCAUUAAUUUUCAGAGGGAAAUGACCAAAAUUUUCAAAUCAAAUCACAGUUUUCAGAUAUUGCACAACUGGCAGCGUCAAACUCUCGACCUUGUCACACACAUAGCAAAUGAACAACUAGUUCCACUGGUGACAUGCAAAACUGGAUCAACGGCGGACAUGUUGUCAGCAAGUUCGCAGUGCAGCCGGCAGCUGGCGGUAGCGCUGAGCAGAGGCCGCGCCACUGCGGCUGCGGCAGUGAAGGGAACUAUGGCUGAACCGACGGAGGAGUGGCUGCGGGCGAAACCUUUUGAGGAAAUGCCAGGGCCCAAACCAUUGCCUAUCAUAGGAAACACCUGGAGAUUCCUGAUGCCAUCAGGAGAUUACAAGACGACGGACAUGGCCGAGAUGAUGUUUCAAAUGCACCAGCAGUACGGAGACAUCGCCAAGCUCGUGGGUCUUCCAGGGAAGCCACCGAUGGUCUUCUGCUUCAACGCCAACGACGUAGAGAAGGUGUACCGCAAUGAGGGCCCAAGGCCGGUGCGCGACACGGUGCAGUCCAUCAAAUACUACCGGGGAGUCACCAGGAAGGAUUGGUUUGGUGAUAUCCUGGGCGUCGCUAUCACUCAGGGGGAGCAGUGGUACGAAUUUAGGAAGAGAGUAAACCAGCCCAUGAUGCAGCCACGUUCCACCAAACUGUAUAUCCCGUCCAUCAACCAGGUCGCCCAAGACUUCACCGACAGAAUGCUCGCUAUCAGGGACGAGAAUAUGAAGAUGCCUGCAGACUUCGUGAAUGAACUGAACAAGUGGGCAUUAGAAUCCAUUUCCCUGGUGGCUCUGGACACGCGCCUUGGCUGCCUGGAUGGCAACCUGCCCCCAGAUUCAGAACCUCAGCGGAUUAUUGAGGCGGCGCACACCGCGUUCGACUGCAUGCUCAAACUGGACGUGCGGCCCUCGCCCUGGAAGUACAUCAGCACGCCCGCCUGGAGACGCAUGGUCAAGGCGCAGGAUUACUUCUAUCAGGUGGCGAUGCGACACAUCAACGAGGCGAUGGACAGAAUGAAAAAGCGGGGAGCAGCAGACUUGUCAGCUGGAGAACUCAGCGUGCUGGAGAAGCUGCUGGUGUCCAACGACGACCCGCGCGUCGCCAUCGUGAUGGCGCUGGACAUGAUGUUCGCCGGCAUCGACACGACGGCGAACUCUGCUGCCACGGCGCUGUACUUCCUGAGCAAAGACCAGAGGGUCCAGGAGAAGCUGUACCAGGAGCUGAGGGCGCAGCUGCCGGAUUCCGCCUCUCAGCCGUUCACUGCGGACACGUUGGAGGCCUGCAAGUAUCUCAAGGCCUGCGUCAAGGAGUCCAUGAGACUGCAUCCGGUGGCGGUGGGGGGCGGCCGAAGGGUCAUGGUGGACAACCUGGUGCUCAGCAACUACCGUAUACCUCGAGGGGUGGAUAUGAUACUGGCCAACAUAGUGCUCACCAACUCGGAUGAGCACUUCUCACGUGCCUCCGAGUUCAUUCCUGAGCGAUGGCUCAAGGACGAUCACUCUGCCCAGACAGCGCACCCCUUUGCCUUCAUGCCCUUCGGCUUCGGCCCCAGGAUGUGCAUCGGCCGCAGAUUCGCUGAGCUCGAGAUCUACACCUUGCUGGCCAGGGUUGUGCGCCGCUUUCAGCUGGAAUUUGAUGGCGAGAUGCGAUGGAGGACUACGGUGCUGCAUGCACCAGUGACACCGCUCACCCUCAAGGUCACCGAGAAGGAGCAGAAGGUGUGACACCACACACCUAGCUACUGCUCUGACGUCACAAUGAAAAGCAGCUACUACGCAGCUGGACCAGUAUUGGAAUAUAACACAACCCAGUAGUGAUUGCCAUUGGUGCUUUUGCAACAGUAUUCAUUAUUUUCAUUUCCCAUUUUUCACCAGUUUUUCAUAACUUGAUGUGAGUCCCAAACUCGGGAAAUUAAGCACAUUCUUUUCAUUUUAUUGUAUAUUACAAUACUUUACCUUAUUUUUUAGUCAGUAUGAUGGUGUACACAAUUAUGUUUCUUAUUUUUAGGAAGAAAGAAAUAAAGCAAUUAAAGCUAAUUACAAAAGUGAUAUUGACUUUCAUCAAUAUUUAUCAAAUGAUAAUCAGAAUCUUAUCUUAUUACUUGUAAAAGAGUUUAAGAAGAGUUAUAUGAUAAUUAUAACAGUAAAUGUAUAAUAGACACAAUGGAAAUAGUGAUGACUACCAUCAAUAUGGUUUCAACUUUCUUCUACAAGCAGUGUUUCACAGUUUCUAAAUAUUUCAAUAAUCCCAUCAUAAACACCUCAAAAAGCUGUUUCAGAGAAAUUUUUUUGACCAAACGUACAUGUUUAGUAUAU